AAAAAAUGGUUGUCUGUCAUGAGUUGUCAAUUUUGCAAACAAGAUGUCUAUUUUCGACUUUUUGUUUGAAAAAUAUUUAUAAAGAAAUAAAAAGUACAUUUCAACUGCGUAGAACUAUCAAAUACAUGUUUAUACUUUUGUAUAAAAUCAGAUAAGUGUAAUAGAAACUUGUUUUUGCUUAAAGUCAGAUUAUAUCACCAUGGAUUCGUGUCUCGGCGUUGAACAAGAUUUAGACAAAGCAAUUUCGAAGUUUAACUUCAUUAGUGAGCGUACAGACCAUGUUUUGCAGGAUAUGAUCGAUCAGGUGGAACACCUGAGGAGGGAACUUGCUGAAGAUGGAAUUGACGAGUCAUUAUCCCAUGAAUGGGCUUCAAUGGUGAAAGACCUCAUCACUGCCAUCAAACAGCUGGCUCUUAAGAUGUCCACAGACCAUCGCGAGCUGCACGCAACAGUGUCCCGCGUGGGCAAGUCCAUCGACCGCCACUUCAUAGCCGACUACGCCUCCGUCGCGCCCAAGGCGGAGUCCUUCUGCUCCGACACCAACCGCCCGAUCAUGGAACAGGCUAUUGCUCAACAUUUGUAUAGACAGGGCCUGGAGGAGGUGGGCGACACGCUGGUGGCGGAGGCGGGCAUCCCGGGCGUGGAGCGCACGUGCACGUUUGCAGCGCUGCAGCGCUGCGCCGCGGCGCUGUGCGAGGGCGACCCCUCCGCUGCGCUAGCCUGGGCCGCGCGCCGCGCCGCUGACCUGCAACACUCCGACCUGCCCUUCACGCUGCAUCGCAUGCAGGCGCUCAACCUGGCCCGCACGGAGGGCGUGGGCGCGGCCAUCGAGUACGCGCGGCGCCAGUUCCCGGCGCACGCGGCGCGGCACGAGCGCCAGCUGCAGGCCGCCGUGUGCGCGCUGGCCUGGUGCACGCCCGCCGCGCCGCCCGCGCCGCCGCACUACCACCACCUGCUGUCGCCGCGGGCGCUCGGCGCGGAGGCGGCGGAGCUGUUCAUCCGCGAGGCGUGCGCGCUGCUGCAGCUGGCGCCGCUGUCGCCGCUGGCGGGCGCCGUGCUGGCGGGCGGCCGCGUGCUGCCCGCGCUGCACGACAUCCGCAACAAGAUGACGCACCCGCACGUCAUCGCCGCCUGGUCCGACGACGAGCUGCCGCUGGAGGUGGACUUGGGCGAGGACGGAGGUGGCUACCACUCGGUGUUCGCGUGCCCAAUCCUGCGGCAGCAAGCCUCGGAGCAGAACCCACCGAUGCGCUUACUAUGUGGACACGUCAUCUCACGGGACGCGCUCAACAAACUCGCUAUGGGCGUCAAAUUAAAAUGCCCCUACUGCCCGAUGGAACAAUCGCCGUCCGAGGCGCGCCAAAUAUACUUCUCCUAAAGGUCUCUUAUAUUGACCGUCUGGUCAGUCACCUAUUUUUAUACAUAAUAAUAAUUAUUAUUGAUGUAAAUGGAAUACCUAUUAAAUAGUAGCAUACUCAUGACGUCACACGAAAUCUUCGCAUGUUCUUGGGCUGAUUUUGGGAUAAGUUUGGUCAUGAUUUACGUUUGUAUGGUAAACACCCGUAUUGAAGAUGUUCACUCGAGUCUUCCUCCAGUCAAGUCGGCCUCAGCUGCGCAUUUUGACAGUUAACACUGGAGUCGAACAUAUACGUACUGCCAACAUAAUAAUAAAAACAGAAUAUGUUUACUUUGUGGAAUAUGAUAAUCACUGCUAUCGGAUAAGUCUAACUGCGAAUUUAUUGAAAAUAUAAUACGAUAAAAGUUUCGAGUUCAUUUUUCACUCGUGUGUUGUAACAUGACAAUACGAACAAUUGUCUAUAAUAAUAAUAAUAAAAUAUUUAAUUCAGAUUCUGCAUCCAUAUUAUGUUAGUAAAACAAAAGAAACUCACAAAGUAUGUUAGUAGAUUAGAAAUUAGAUUAGAAAAGAUGUGUUGCUGUUGCAGUUUCUUGUCAUUUCUACUCCUCAGCCAUAACACCUUGCGAAAUGACGUAAAUUCAAAAAUGUUACAUUGACCUUCAACAAGUUUAUCCAUGAUAAUUACGUUGAAUAAAUGAUUCUGAUUAAAUUAAAUGUCAUUACAUGUUACUGGGCCACACGCCGGAUAGGUAACACAUGGGUCAUGCAUGACCCAGUGUUUCCAGAAUGAACCAUCCAUUCUCUCCAUGUAAAUGUUUCAUAAAUAUUUGUUCUAAAGAGUUUGAGCUCUAGCUGUCAACUAUUAACAAAUACGAAAAUAAUGACGUCAUGCGAUACUAGAGUAAACUCGAGUUAAGUUGAGGCGCCGUCUAAGAAUAUCGAUUUUGAGUUGAGUUCGAGGAAGGCCUCGAGUUGGGUGUAUCCCACUAGGCACUAUGCUGCAUUGUGUGACGGAUGCGGCAGAGACUUGGUUAGGGGAGCUUCAGCUGAAUAUAUGAUCCACGCAGGAUAUUUUUAUUUUGUCUGCCAUACGCAAUAAUAAUUUAUUUUAUUUAUUUAUUUACUUUUAGGAAGAUUUUCCAUUGAUGGAUAUACUGGGACACAUUCUCCCACUAUUUUCAUUGCGGGCGGCGGCGGCGGCAAAAAAAAAAAAAACGCUGCAUCACGUCUGCGCACGCCGUCAUAAGCUCUUACUCAUGCGUAGAAACUUUUUUAUUUAUUUCCUCUUUUGUAUAUCCAUGGAAAUAGUGGGAUGCACCCGCUUCGACCGAGGACGGAGUCAAAGAAGGUUCGAGUUAACAUCUUAGAAUACGGGUGUUAGGCCAGGCGCGCACUACAAGAUUUUCGCCGCGCGGCAUAAUGUCGCACUGUAAUUCUGUACCAAACAGUUUUAAAUUGUAUUGCGCGCACUUGACGGCAUUAUGCCGCUGCUUUUUUAUGCCGCGCGGCGAAAAACUCGUAGUGCGCGCCUGGCCUUAGUGUUAACGGAAAGAUAGUUUGACUAUAAACAGUUGGCUUCAAAAAACGAAUCAGGAUAAUGUUAGUAUCGCAACGUGUGUCGAUAAAAUUGUCUUUAUAGUUUUGCCUUUAAAAGAUAUUCUGUUUAACACACGUAGUUGGUAGUGGGACGUAUAUUAGAGACGCGAUCAUUUCUGUCCGACAGACAAACACACUGUAGUGUGCGCAUUGUGGCAUAUAGGGUGUUAGUGACACCGUAACAAAAACUUUGGGGGAACUUUGGGACGGAAAAUUCCACUUGAUAUUAAGUCUCAUAGUCUGAUAUCCCCCUCAGUAUUCGUUACGAUGUCACUAACACCCUGUAUAAGAUAGAAUGCCUUUAUCAAUACUGGUAGCUCUUUACAUAAAAUGAUUCUGUAAAAUGUCGAUUCUGCGAAGCUACACUUAAUAUUAUUUAUCUUCCAUUAGAAUCUAACACAUUCAUAAAUUAACAAAGGAUAGUUAUAUUGCAGAUGUCUAGGUGGUUAGUAUUUUUGAAAAUUGUAAUAUUCAAUUUUAUGAUAUUGAAGUUUAUAAUCAGCGCAAAUCUAAGUUAGGUAAGCGGUACACCGCGUAAACUUGGUAACGCUAGAGAUCAGUCUAGAGCGCAAAGUUGCCAGCAACCAUGGAAUAAAGAAUAAUACCUAUAGAGCGGUAACUCUCCGCCCCGUACUAAU